AUGAGAGCUCAUCCUCAGGUCACCUCAAUCCAGUCCACCAUUGGCGAGGCAGUGCUGGGGAGAACCAAGGGCUUUGUGCCAAAGCCUCCAUGUGGCCCCAGACCGAGCUGCAAGGCAAAGGCAGGGACGGAGUUGAGGGGAACAGCUGAGGCAACCAAGGUUAGAGGGCAGAGGACUGCUAGAGUCUGUUCAGCGCUACCCCCUCUGUCAGCCAACUCUAGUUACAACGUUCUUCCACCUAUCAAACGCACAGUAACAGUCACAACACUAAAGACUACCGAGCCACCAGGCCGCCAGCUGACACCUGAGGGUGGGGAAAGGGGCUAUUCCUCUUCAUCCCAGGGUAGCCCAGUGAGCCUAGAGAAGAAUGAUGUCAACUCUCUCAUGGCUAUGUCACGUCCAUUGUCCGGAGAGGACAUAAUUCCAGUAGCUGAAUCCCUGAUGUUACACCCUCAGCAGAGGUUGGUUAAGAAAGUGCUUAGAAAAAGGGACCACCAGGAGGCAGUCGGGGCCAUCUGCCAGGUCUUGAUUACCAGGGUGCAAGACAUCCUCCAUGAGACCUGCUAUAACCCUACAAAUGCCAGGGACAUCAUCCAGAAAGGAUUGGAUUCUGGGGCUAGGGCCAAGGUUCCGGAGGUCACCAAUGAGGAGGGCUGUGUAGGGAGUCCCACUCUGGUGGUGGACCAACCAUCAUGUCAGUUGGAGAGGAUCUUCAGCCACUCCCUACUAGCUGGGCCCUCCACCUCAGCCAAGGCAGCAUUGGGAGCCCCUGCAUAUAAGGUGGAGGAGACUGAGACCCGUUUGAACACCCAGGCACUCCAGCGCACUCCCUCCCCAGACCCUGGACUCAGUGAACUGAAACUUUCAGUUGUGGUUCCAGAUAUGGUGUAUGAGAGGCAGCUGCCCACAAAGAACAACCCCUUGCAGGGCUUUGUGCCAAAGCCUCCAUGUGGCCCCAGACCGAGCUGCAAGGCAAAGGCAGGGAGGGAGUUGAGGGGAACAGCUGAGGCAACCAAGGUUAAAGGGCAGAGGACUGCUGGAGUCUGUUCAGCGCUACCCCCUCUGUCAGCCAACUCUAGUUACAACGUUCUUCCACCUAUCAAACGCACAGUAACAGUCACAACACUAAAGACUACCGAGCCACCAGGCCGCCAGCUGACACCUGAGGGUGGGGAAAGGGGCUAUUCCUCUUCAUCCCAGGGUAGCCCAGUGAGCCUAGAGAAGAAUGAUGUCAACUCUCUCAUGGCUAUGUCACGUCCAUUGUCCGGAGAGGACAUAAUAUCAGUAGCUGAAUACCUGAUGUUACACCCGCAGCGGAGGUUGAUUAAGAAACUGCUUAGAAAAAGGAACAUGACCAUAGAUGACCUGCAGGAACGGUCAUUGGAGUCCAUUGACUGGGUGGUCAUUGUAGUUAAUGAGGUGGUUCUCCCGGCCAUAGCCUUGUACCAAAAGUCCAUAGACGACUUCUGCAUUGGGCAAGAUGAACAACCUUUCUCAUCAGUGUCCCUUGGGAAAUCUGUUACCUCUGGUAACACCAGCACUAGCCAGGGAUGUGCAGAUAUGGAUAUUGUAUGUUUCACUCCUAGGUUCAGGAGGGGAAGCUCAGGGUUGCCUCCCCCCUCCUCCCAGGGGUCAGGUAAAAAACGGAUCCGGGGGGUUCUUAGGAUAAUUGCUAAAAAGUUCCACCUGCUGCUGAGGCUUAACUUGGAGCCUAGGUGUAGGCUUAUGGGCCGGCAUCUCCCAACGCUCCCCUCAGACAUGGAGGAUGAGCUCCAGAAUAGGGCAGCUAUGACUGUGGCUGUGAUUCUGCACAAUGUCCAGCUCUUCAUGGAGAGUGAUGAAGCUGGACCAUCCACCCCUGGGGCUUUGUCCCUUCAAGGCCUUUACACCUCUGUCACUGAUUACUUGGUGUCCAGAAUGUCUAUGAUAUCCUCCAUGAUGUUCUGGAGCGCAUGUAGGAAAGCAAAGGAGAAGCUCCACGUUCUAACAUCAGGCAGUGACUGCAGAAUUUCUGGAGAAUCAAGGUUCAACAUAUCAGAAUUGGCAGUCAACGUUUGUCGGGAGAUAAAGGAUGCAGCAAGCAAGGAUCUUCCCUUCUCUGGUGCUGUAAAUAGCUUCCCAGAGGAGAGAAUGGCAACCACGAAGAUGGGAGGUCUCAUAUUUGAGAGAGUUGAAGUCCCUGAUGCUCUUCCAAGCUUCACGCCAUCUCAAGGACGGACAGAGCAGGGAUGGAUGGUUGAGCACAUUGGCUCAGCCCUAAGUGAGGACACCUUGGACAACAUCACAAGCACUCCGUUAUUCCAGAACAUGGACUACAGCCCGGUUACCACGCCCUCAGAGGGAAGGGCCUCAACCCUGCACAAUCUACAGGACACCAUAACUCAGACAGUCAUGGACCAUGCCCUCUUCACAUCUGGAUUGGCGAGCCAAAGUGAGUUCCUUUCCAAAGAGAAGGAACUGGAGCUGGUCAGGGUGGUCAUUGGAAUUCUCAGUGACCAGACUGGUGCCCUUCACUGGGAUAAGACCUGCAUCUCUGCUGAGUCAUUGGUUGACAAAGUGAUAGUGGCCUGUAACAUUGUCAUGGUUAUCCUAAGAAAUUACUAUACAGCCCACGACACAAUUAUUAAAGAGGAUGAGGGCAUGCAGGAGCUCCUGGACCCCAACAUCGAUGGCUACCCCCUGCUGGUACAGUGCCUGAGCCACACCUUAGUGGGAGAUGUGGCCUGUGAGCUGGAGGUCAUGAGGGCUCAGCCUCAGGUCAUCCCAAUCUGGUCCACUAUUAUUGAAGAAGAGCUGGGGAGGGCUAAGGGAAGGGACUCCCAUGAAGCCUUCAGUGAGGAGUCCCUCCCUAUCAUCACGCAGAGGCCUGUGAAGGUGCAGCAGGCAAGCAGCCCUGCUAAGAAAAUGGACGAUACCCAGCCUCCCAUCAGUCCCAUUUUGGCCAGGUCUGAGCUUGACAGUAACAGCAGUGGCAGAAGAAGCCAGAACUUAGACAGAGAUGCAGGCGUUACAGCCGAUAACAUCUUUGAUGUCAUUGUCAGGCUGGUCUAUGCUGACAGUAUCAGUGCAGAUGAUUGUGGGUUGUACAAUCCUGCAGCUAUGCUCCUGGGACAGAUCCUGGCCUCAAGUAGGCUUUGUAACAGGAUAUUCCGGGGUAAGAUCCAUUUAUUUUCUAAAGAGAUGAUCUGCCGGGUGUACCAGUUGCUCCUGGACACCAAGAUGGGCCGGGAGACAGCAUGCCGAAAAAGCGGGUCGGAGCCUGUUCUCAAAGAAAUGGCGACCAAUCCCAGGCUCUCCAAAAAGUUCUUCACGGACCUGAUCUAUUUUAUCGUAGAGCGGGCAAUGAAGAAUCUGGUGGAAAACUUAUUGGGCUUGCCACACACCCCACCAGAAGAAGCACUACUUUUGAAUGACAACUUGUCAACCUCAUCCAGUGAUGAGUCACUGCAUAGCGACAACACCUGGUCGUGUGGGGUGUGGGGCACUCUGGUGAGGGAGAGCUCCCUGGACAUGGACUCCUCCAGCUCUUUAAACCAGGACCACUGGGAGGCAGUAGGGACCAUCUGCCAGGUCCUGAGCACCAGGGAGGAAGACAUCCUCCAGGAGACCUGCGACAACCCUAAAAAAUCCAGGGACAGCAUCCAGAAAGGAUUGGAUUCUGGGGCUAAGGCCAAGGUCCCUGACGUAACCAAUGAGGAGGGCUGUGUAGGGAGUCCCACUCCAGUGGUGGACCAACCCUCACAUCAGCUAGAGAGGAUCUUCAGCCGCUCCCUACUGUCUGGGCCCUCCAUCCCUGCCCAAAAGGUGGAGGAAGUGAGAAUUGCUUCUCCAUAUAUCCGAGAGGCCAGGCAGGACUUGCUGGAGAAAGCUCCCUCCAUCCUGCAGGAAGAGAGCCUGGCUAAGGAGGACAUUCAGCUACGCUUGGCCCACGGGGUGACUUUCAUCAACUCAGAGACCCUCAGAGACAUUGUGCAGGGGAUCAUGGGUCACCUGACAUUCAUGGAAUCACUCCCAGCUGGGAGUGUGAAGGCUCCUUUCCAGCUCCAGUCGAUGCUCUUUGACAACAUACGGCAUGUUCUGAAGUAUAUGGCCGGCAUUGUCGUUGUAUUCAGCCAACAGGAGAGCAUUCAGUUUAGGGGUGAUGAUGCAGUGGCCGCCAUUGUGGAGGCUUCUGCUGAUAGACUAUCACUAAAGGCAGAGGCAAACAAUGCCCAAAUGCACAAAAGUUGUGAGUUUUCCAUUCAAUGCAUGGCUGAGACCAUCGCAUGCAGCAUUUGUGAUCACGCUGAGCUCUGGAAGUGGGAGGCCAGGAGCUCUGGAAGUGGGAGGUAUACCCCCAGCCUCGAGGGAAGUGACAGCACUGUCUCUGAGGAGCUCCUAGACAAUAGGGAAGACCUGGAGGCUCCAGCAGAGAUGGCUGAAGAUGACACUGGCUCAGAGAAGACCAGUGUCAGAUCAGAGAUCUUUGAAGAUGAUGCUUCCUCAGAGAAAACCAGUGUCAGAUCAGAGAUCUUUGAAGACGAUGCUUGCUCAGAGAAGACCAGUGUCAGAUCAGAGAUCUUUGAAGACGAUGCUUGCUCAGAGAAGACCAGUGUCAGAUCAGAGAUCUUUGAAGACGAUGCUUGCUCAGAGAAAACCAGUGUCAGAUCAGAGGUCUUUAAAGACUACUGUGGUUUGGAGACAGACCACCACAUGGCCGACCAGUCACUGGAGACCAACCAGUGUCUACUCAGGGCUGGACAUAGUGCCUUCUCACAGAAGGUGAAUGAAGAGGCUGUGGAGACAGGACCCGAGACAACAGGAAAGGGGAAAAACGAAAAGAAGAAAUCCUCUAAGAACAAAGGAGAAAUAGAGAGAAAGAAACCAUGUAAGAGCAAAGUGGCUCCCCUUGGCUCUGAUGGUGCAGUGGCUGCAGAUGAGAAAAGGAAGAAACCAUCUCUCCUCCAGCACAUCUGCAAUGCCUUUGCAAGAGUCUUUUGCUUCUCCCACAAGAAAAAUAGUAGAUUAUUUCCCCCAAACGAAGUGAGAGCUGUGCCUGCACGACUUUUUAAGGCAGCACCUCAACUCCUGUUACCAGUCCCUCUGCUUACAGUCCUACAAUAA